AUGAAACGACGAUCUCCCUUGUUGGGAUUGUUUCUGAUCGCAGAUGUAGCUAUAUCAAUCCUCGCCAUGGGUUUCUACUCCUCUAGCUGGAACUUCGACUUCGAUCUCAUAAUUAAAAAUCUACUAUUUCUCGAUGGUUACAACUAUUUCACAAAUCCAAUCGAUUUCCUACUGCUAGCAAUCUUACGACUUGCUCUGGUCGUCGUUGCCGUAGUGCUCAUCACCCUCCACUAUGAAAAUGUCGCCACAACAAUGUUUAUGCCAAUGUUGGGUGUAGCUACAUUCUGCUAUUCCUAUACUCUGGUGAAGUUCCUCGCAUUUUCUGAGGAUGUACAGAUGUUAUACUAUCCGGGAGUAUGGUUCUCGAUCAUAUGGUCGAUUUUAGCGGCUUUAUUAUUCGCACUCGUUUGGUAUUUCAUUUUAACCGCACACGAAUUCGACUAUCAACGUCUAGUCUCUGAACGAUUCAAUUCCGUGAAUCGCACAACUUCCACUGUUGAAACAGCUGCUGACAGAAACAGCUCAGAUAGCGUGUCUGAACAUCUUAUUGAAGAUAUAUCUCCAAAACGAAUAAGCACACUUGAUCACGUAUUUGCACUCCUGAGAUACUGCCGCUACCAUUGGUUCUGGUUCACACUAGGUUUUAUAUUUCUUGUUGUCUAUGCUAUUGCGCGUGUAUUCAUACCAAAGUAUACUGGCGAUGUUAUAUCAAAUAUUGUGAAAAAAGCCGGUGUCGCCGCAUUAAUACAUUCUGUGCUGAUUAUGGGAGCUUUAACUAUGAUAAGCACUUUCUUCGGUGGUCUUCGUGGUGGUUGUUUUGAUUAUGCCACAGCGCUUGUUAGUCGACAAGUUCGUAUGGACCUUUUCCGAUCGUUAGUCCAUCAGGAAAUCGGUUUUUUUGACAUAACCAAAUCUGGUAUUGGUGAAAUGGUAUCUCGUUUGACAUCUGACUGUCAAACAAUGUCCACCACAGUGUCAACGAAUCUCAAUGUCUUUUUGAGAAAUGGUGUUAUGCUUAUCGGAGCGAUGGUUUUCAUGUUCGUCAUGUCAUGGCGCUUAUCGUUG